UGGUGAUACGUACACACGCACACACACGCGCAAAUUAGGACUAUGCAGAGGAGCCACAACAGAGCGCAGGAGAGAGGCGCGAGCGAGCACAGGGAAACAAGCGAGGCAACAACAACAACAAUGAAAAAGAAAAAAAAAGAGCGGAAUGCGACGAGAGAGGCAUCCGACGAUAGGACGACGAAAAAUAAUGUACACGAAUGCUGUCCUUCCACUCCUGGCCCCGGACUCCCAGAUGCAGAUCCCUUUCCAAGCUCCUGGCGCCCCCUUCUCGGCUCUUCCGUCCGUCCAGGAAAGCCAACGGGGCCAAUGGGAAGGUACGGUUUAUCUCGAGUGUGCGUGUCGAUGCCAUUCCAAAAUCGCACACGGCCGACGAUGGACGGACGGUCCAGGUGAGCCGCCCGUAUCGCAAGCGGCGCCCUUUUAGCACGUUCGAGGGGGGGGUUUCUCCGCACAGUUCCGCCUUCCAGCACCCACUUCCCAUGGUUCCACUACUCCCACCCCAUCCACCCAAAAAAAAAAAACCCAUUUAGUGUACAGUAUGUGUGCGUGUGAGUGUGAUGUGUUCGAAGCUGCGGUCCACUCGCGGGUUUGAAGACCCUCCCGUGACGGCCGUGUGGUAGUGGUGCGUGCGUUUGCACAGAAGGUCACACAACCACCUGUUUUCCAGUUGGCAGCAGCUGCUGCUGCAGUAUCUCUGGUGCUAGUGACCACUGCGGCAGCGUGCGCCUGAAAGGUAGGCAAGCCCGCGAACACUGUCGCAGGACAGGUUGGUGCGUAUGCGUGUCGUCGCCUGCCCGAAGUAGUAGCGCACCUAACCUUCCUGGAACGGCGUCUCCACGCCAAAAACACUAGAACGAGAGCGAACGAGCAGGACGAGAGAGAAAGAGAAAGAGAGAGAGAGAGAGAGCGAGACAGUGCUACGGUUGGCGCAACAGUGUGGUGUAUUGAGACGUAUCGUCGACUUUGGAAUGGGAGGACGCUCGUUAACAGCGUGCCAUUGUGGGCAGCAAAUGCAACGCGUACGCGUAACAUGACAAUCUAUCUCCCCGUCCGUCCCCCCGGUCCGCCUUCCAUCGUACACGGUAAGGCAAAAGGCAAAUAGAACCAAACAAAUACCGUUCACGUAAAAUAACAACUCAAUGUCAAGCUGUAUCAGAAAGUGAGGCACAAAAAACACAACUCAACCGUCAGCGUACGAGGAAAGAGAGAGGAGAGAGAGUUAGAGAUAGAGGAGGGAGCGGCAGUGAGAGUGUGACCAGUCCAGUGGGGCGUUCAGGUGAACGAAGUGAACGAAGCGGAAGAGACUCAAGAGGCGUUAUCAGGCGACAGCGUCUCGCAAGUGAACAAUCCGUACCGGAUCCGCGUGAGAUGAGCUGAGCUGAGCCGAUCCCCGAUCCCCGAUCGCACGUUCACAAGCGCCGAAGCGCGCGCGCUACGCUGCGGAUGGAUACCUUGUGAUGGCGCAGCCGGUACCGACGGCACUGUUCAGGUUGCGCGCGAACAGCCAGCAGUUCGUGCUCGGCCGUCGUGCCGACUAGUGCUGGCGUUGGUUGCUGCUCGAGCUCGAGAAGGCAGAAGAGUGAACGCCGGAACGCAAAGACAGGGGAUCAGGCAGUGAGGACAGGAAAGGAAAGAAGGGGGCCAGAAUUUAGAUUCAAACGUACACGUUUUUUGUGAUAUGCAGGAAAGUACCAAACAAAGCGAGCAAGGGUAAACACGUGUGCUGCAAGAAGUAAAGGCUAGUGUCCGGGCGGGAAAGUGUAGUUGUAGUGCAGAAUAGGUAGAGUCAGAAACACUUUGCUAGAGGUUUAAAAGUUUAAAAAAAAAAGUGGUAAGGAUGGCUGCGGCAGGAGAGAACGGUAAUGGUGGGACCGGUGCGGCCGGGACGGCCAAUGUUCCGCCCGUGCCGGAGCUACCGGAGGUGCCGACGGUCGAUCUGUCGCUUCCGGAGCGCAUCGCCUCCUUCAAGCAGGAGCUGCUCGCCUACCUGGGCGAGCUGGUGCCGCCGGGUGAGCCCCCGUGGGACAUUGCCACCUUCGAGGGGUACGGCCGCGGUCUGGUGGCCACCCGUGACAUCGCGGUCAACGAGCUGGUGUUUGUCGACCGUCCGGUCCUGGUGGGGCCGCGCGUCAACAACUACGAGGUGAUCUUCUGCGCCAGCUGCUGCAGCAUUCUGCGCCGGCUGCAGCUCUGCACCGGCGGCUGCCGGCUGCCCAUCUGCUCCCGGUGCGACUACUCGGUCGGGGCGAGCUCGCCGCACGCCGCCGAAUGCGCACUGAUACAGAGCUGGCAGCCGAAGGAUGCGGGCCGCUACUCGAAGAACAUCCUGUACGCGCUCACCUCGAUCCGCGGGUUUCUGCUGAGCGAGCGCGACCGCUCGAUCGUGCUGCAGAUGGAGGGCCACCCGCCGCGCAAGGAGAUGACGACCGAGAUCGAGCGGCUGCUGAAGGACGGGUACUUCUGGAACCUGGACGGCGAGGGGCCGGCCGUCCGCUACCUGCGCCAGGUCGUCAACAUCCUCAACACGAACGCGUUCGAGACGAGCCGCAUCGUGGCGGACGAGGAGAACAACCAGCACGAGAUCAUCCUGCGCGGGCUGUACAUACUGGGGGCGCUGAUGAACCACUGCUGCCGGCCGAACGUGCGGUACGUGUUCGACGGCGAGCUGCGCAUGCGGGUGCACGCGUCCCGCCCGAUCAAGAAGGGCGAGCAGAUCAUGAACAACUACUCGAAGAUCCUGUGGGGCAGCCAGCACCGCAUCAUCCAUCUGUGCUUCUCGAAGAACUUUCUCUGCUGCUGCGACCGGUGCAAGGACCCGACGGAAUUCGGCACGUACCUGGGUGCGCUCAAGUGCGUCCGGGAGAGCUGCCCCGAGGGACGCCUGCUCCCGGUCAACCCGCUCAAGAUAUCGUCCGUGUGGCGGUGCGACCGCUGCAGCCUCAAGAUGGACAACAUUAAGGCGAGCAAGAUCCAGGAGAUUGCGAGCCGCAUGAUCAUGAACAACGCGAUCAAGCGGGAGGCGAGCCACAUCAUCGACUACCUGAACGAUCACAUCGUGAAGUUCCUGCUGCCCACGAACCAGUUCACGGUCGAGCUGAAGCUGCAGGCGAUCAAGAAGAUACAGUCCGACCGGCCGCUGGUCGAGCUGCGCGAGAAGGAAAAGUACUGCCUGGAGAUACUGGACAUCCUGCAGCGGCUCAACUACGGCGAGUGCUUCGUCAAGGGUGUGCUGUGCUACGAGCUGUUCGUGACGCGCGUCACAAUCGCGCAGCUGCUGAACGAAUCUGAAAUUGCAACGGAGACGUCCAAUCUGGACCAGCUGCGUACCGCCUGGCAGAUACUGAAACCGAGCGGCAACCGACCGCGGGACCUGCAGCAACUGGUUGUGACAUACGGGAUCGAGUGAGCACUGCGAAUGACUAUUGGAGACCCGCGGACGCCAGUGAGCGCCAUGCUGUAGACGACGAACACGCGCAAACCGAUAGCAAAAGCAAAAACAGGCUCUAACGCUCUUGUACAAAAACAUAUCGACACCUCGCGACAACACUUGUGUGUGUGUGUGUGUUUGUGUGUGUGUGUUAUUUAUCACUUGUUUUUCACGGCACUAGAGGAAGCGGUGCGGUGCGCGGCUACUUCCAUUUUGGAGGUUCGUGCUAGGCGCACGCGGAAGUAGAAGAACAAAUCAAGCUUAACCGUGAGUGAGACCGUGAGAAUUUAGGGAGUAGAGAUCCAUCUAAGAGGAAGAUAGAGAUAGAGAUAGAAAAGAUAGGGACAGAAAAUAUUCAAAUAGAGAGAAAAAGAAGAAGAGGAAGAGGGAGAAAAAGAAAGAAGGGAGAGAGAGAGAGAAAGAGAGAAGAAAAAGAUACUAAAGAGAAGUAGAAAAGAUAAGAAAAAAACCGAAAGCAGUUAACUCCCCACAAACGGGUACACUGUUUGGGAGGAAUCCCGUGGGUGGUGAUGUUGCACCGUUGUUUGUGAUUUAAACGUGUGGGUUUCAGCAUAUACACUUAAAGCGCACCGGCAGUGUGAAGAGUGAGAAUUAAGGAGCGAACAAAGAGAGGGUAGAAAUGAUUAACAGAAACCUAACCAACGUUCCGAGUGAAUGUUGCGGCUAAUCAAACGGACCUAUUUUUAUCCAUUUCGAUUUGUAUCGCUUGCAUCGCGCUAUUGCUCACAGGAAUACAAAACUCAAAACAAAACUGCCCUGUUGGAAGCAAACAAGUCAGCCGUAGGCAUGAUACCCCAUCAAAAAGGUUGCCUGUGGCCAGUGGAUUGCAUACCUUACGGGCGAUUUAGGUCAUUAUCGGUCAGCUCUGUGCACAACUUCGCCCUCGGGGUAUGCAAUCUGGCUCACCUGCACCUUCCUGAUUGGUCUGGUUUGUGAUCUUCUAGCAAAGCGCUCACUUUAGAACCACGUCCUGUCUCGAAUAUACACAUAUAUAUAUAUAUAUUUAUAUACACCGUUCUACUUCUCUCGUGUUUACGGACCAUUUGCACCACUGCUCAAUUGAUACACACACCGUUGCACAGAACAUUGCCCUCCCCGUGAACUGGCGGGAGGCUGGAGCGGCGUACAGUCGCCACGCUACUCUCCGCUGUUGCACGUGGGUGCGUGUCGAACCGUGUUUGCUCUAUAAAGAUUGAUAAACCCCUUUCUUCA